AUGUUAAUAAUUUUAAUCGAAAGUGCAAUUUUAUUUUUGGGAUUGGCAGUUGAUCAUCAUAAUCAAGAGUAAUUACUCUUGUAAACGGGCACGUAAGUUUUGAAUUACAUUCAGGAUGGGUUUGGGGGAUGAAUUAUAAAAAGAAGUGGAUAGAAUAAAAGUUUCAUUAAAAUUAUAAAAUAAAGCAUUAGCUAAAGAACUAAGAGGAGCUACUGAAGAGAGAGCUGAGAAUAUUUCUGAAUUAAAAUCAGAUAUUAAGACAAUUUUAGAUAAAAUGGCGUAUGUGACAGAUACAAAAAUGACUAGAAUAAAUGAUAGGGUUUAAGAACAUAUAUAUUAGACAGAAGCAAUUUCAUUAAUAAUUAUAAUGGAUUAAUUGGAUAAAAAAGUUUAAGAAUUGGCAGGUGUGAAAUAAUAGAUAAAAUAAUUAAAAGCUAAGAUUCCACGAUUAUCUGAUAAGUGUAGUAAAUAUUAUACAUGUUAUGAUUGUUUAUAAGAUGAAAGUUGUGGAUGGUGUUCAAUGGAAGAUAAAUGUGUAGAAGGAGAUGAGAAAGGACCUUAAAAGGUGAGUUGUAAUUUUUAUAGUUAUAAAUAAUGUAAUGGAAGAUAAUGUCAUAAAUAUAAUACAUGUGCAGUAAAAAUUAAAUAUAUUAUAUAAGACUUGUAUAGCUGAUCCUUCUUGUGGUUGGUGUAUUGAUGAUAAUCGAUUUAUGUCAGGUUGUUUAUAAUAACCAUAUGAUUAUUAAGGAUGUCCUAGAAAUGGUUGGUUUCAUUUAGAGAGUAGAUAAAAUUCAUGUCCUAAAUAAUUGAGGAAAGUUUAUGAAGAAGAAUUUGAUGAAAAUUCUUAUUGGUCUAAACCACUUGAUGAUUCUGCUUAUGUUGAUGAACAAGAAAGUUAUGAAUAAGAUAAGAAUAAUGCUUUAAAUGGAAGAGGUGGAGAAUAAGAAACUGAAUCUAAUACAGAAUAUAAUAAGAAAUAAUAAUAAGUUGCUAAUUAAAUUAAAUAAUUAGAAGCUUUGUGUAAAGAAAUAUAAAAAGAAAUUGAUUCUUUAUAAAAAAGAUAUUAAGAAACAGUUGAUUGGUUAGAUAAAUUUAAUAAAGGAGAAGAAGGAGAAGGAGAAUAAUAAGAAUAAUAAACAGAAGAACCUUAAUAGGAAUAGUAAGAUGAAAAUUAAUAACCAUAAGAGGAUAAAUAGAAAAAAAAAGAAGAGAAGAAAUAGAAAAAAGAAGAAAAAAAAUAAAAUGAUUAAGAUAAUAAGAAGAAAAAAGAAGAAGAAAAAAAGAAAAAGGCAGAAGAGGAAAAAAAGAAAAAAGAAGAAGAAAAAAAAAAAUAAGAAGAAUAAAAGAAGAAGAAAAAAUAAGAGGAAGAAGAGAAGAAAAAGAAAUAAAAAGAAGAAGAGGAAGAAAAAAGAAAAAAAUUAAAAGAAGAUUUAGAAAAUAAAAAUUAAGAUAAAGAAUAAAAUGAAGAAACAUAAGAAUAAAAUGAAUAAGAAACAUAAUAAGAAGAUGAAGAUCCAGAUGCAGAUAAAAGUGCAGAUAAAAAUUAAAAUGAAGAUGAAAAAUCUAAUUAAGAAGAAUCUUAAGAUGCAAAAGAUUAAGAUAAUUAAUCAUAAACGAAAAACAAAAAAUCAUAAAAAAAAAAUGAUUCUAAUAAUAAGACAAAAGGAAAAGAAGAUUCAAAAAAAUAGAAAUAGGAAGAAGAUGAUAAAGGAGGAGAUGAUGAAAAAGAAGAAAAAAGAGAAAUUCCAGAUUCUUAUUUUAAAGAACCACAAUUAUAAAAUAAAAAAUGGGAAGAUUUUUACAGUGGCAAUUUCAAUUUCAUAACUUAAAAUUAAGAAAUUGAUGAUGAUGAAAUGUAAUUUGACACAAUUGAUGUUGUUGAUGACUUUUAUGAUCCUUUUCAUUUAAAUUGA